CAGUUUAAUGGAUGAUGACCUCGAUGAGAUGCGUAGGAACGCCCGAAGUUUUCCUGAUAAAACACUCCUACGUUCAUUGAGAGGCUGUCAGAGGUCCAUUCAUAAAAAACGACCGGCACAGGCUAUCCGUCUGCGCUUCAGUGCACAAGGUGUAAACAUAUCGAUAUUUCCGAGCAAUUACCCCGAUUGUUUAUUAGGCCUACCAUACGGCUGCUUCAAGUGUUACUUAAAUUAGCACAACAUUUUUUAUUUUAAUCCAUUACUUUAGAGACAAAAAAAAGUGCAGUUAUUUCCACUGAUUUUACUACUACUUAGUUAUAUGAUGGUCCACAUGUAUGCCUACGGUGAGUAAUUGACUUGCUUUCUAGGUUCAUUCAUUUUUGCGGCCAUCGGGGUUCGCCCCAGUUCAUCAAAUUGGCAUGACCUAUUGCUGUUGACAUCCAUAAUCCAAUAUGUGGAGAGUUCGGCUACGGCCUCCCCGCCCUGUUGAUAUAAAUACAGCGGUAGCGUCUUGCGAGGCACUGAACGUCUUCACUGACUUAGAAACGGAUCAGCAACGAUAAGGAGAACUUCUUCCGAAAUGAAAGGUGCGAGGACUGUUACGGCAUACGCGCUUGCGCUUUUACUGGUGGCAACGUUCAUCUCUCAUUCUUUGAGUGCACCCAAGAUUAAUAUCCAUCGGAGAAACUGGACGCCGCAGGCUAUGUUGUAUCUCAAGGGGACUCAGGGAAGGCGGUUUAUAUCUGAAGACCGAAAAGAAGGAGACGUUUAUGACACAUUACACUUGGAGACGCGCAGUCAGAACACUGAGAAGCUUAGUGUGAACCAGGUAGCCACUGUGUUGUUGAACUUCCUCCAACAGACCAAGGAAGAAGCUGACGAAAACCCGGAUGAAAUGUAUUUUCAGGACCUGCCAGCUUGGAAAAGAGAAUACUUCUGACACACUGAUCUUCUGAUUCUUAAACAUCUGUAUUUGUAAACAUCAUCUGAUUGCAUCCAUUAUUUUUGUCGUUGGAUGUUUUAAAUGGUGUGUACAAAAAAGUAUUUGUUUUGUAAAUAUGGCACACUGACCAUGUUUGAAUGUGUUGUUUAAUAAAAAGAAAAAUUGGAAUUCA